AUGGCUAUCUAUAAUUUCUACUUCGCCAGCUGUGUGCUUCUGCUGACUCUGAGCUGGCGCACAUCCACGGGACUCCCGGUGCGCACUCCGAGCGCAGAAAAGUGUGGAGACUGUCCAUCGCUCUUCAAGGACCUCCUGCGGAAUCUCACGGGGCUUCUCUUUGUUAACAAUGAAUAGCAUUAUCUUGUCUUACAGGAUGUUUUGUGUUACGGCAUCACCUCUGAUACAGUGGUGGUGAGGAGCAAAUCAGAGACAGUACUGGCCUGCGCACCCACUCUGAAUCAGAACACAGGAUGCAUGAUGCAAAGGAAUUCAUCCUUUAGUGAGAGUGAAUGUCUGAGGAACAUCAUGAAGGACUUGACCCACUACACCGCUGUUAUUCAGUCUUACCGCAGCUCCACACUCAUAAGUCCUGAGAAAGAAGUUCCACUUCUGGACCAAACUCUGGGAAUAAUACAGAGCCUGAGGAUGAACUGCUCCCUGACGCCGAAUGGAGAGAACGACUCUACAGAGGAAGCUGCCCAGAUGUGGGGAAAUGACACCUUCAGCAACAGGCAGGAGAUGUGUAAGAUGAUGAGGGGCUUCCAUGUUCGAACCAUCACCAUCAACCGAGCUAUGGGCUAUAUCUCCUCAGGAGACCACAGGAAGUAAACAUCCAGCAACCUCAUCAUCAUCAUCACCACCAUCAUAAUACCACAAUAUCUUUUCUCCUUUAUUUCAUCCCAACUAAACAAGCCUUCUCGAUCAUUCACUACUAUCAUUUACAACUACUGACCAAGUAGUGCUUUACACUGCAUGAUUACUGCUCAGGCAUAAGCUAGAUGGCCAGACUCCAGUCUCUUCAUACAGUGAGAGCUGAGUGACAGUCAAACUAUUACUAAGGUUAGCAGUGGGGCCAUUUUGGCCCAUUUAAAUAUAUGAAUGUAUUCCAA